AUGGCAUACCAUUUUAAAACGUUUUUAAAACAGUAUAUUUUUACAUAUAUUAAAUGUUUCAGGUUGAACGAAAGUCUUACAUACCCUCAGUUCGCAAAGGCAGUCCUUGACAACUACAAUGAGUUCUUCUCCGAAGUCAAAUCCAAAGUUGUGGUUUACUAUGAGAACAUCGACGCACUCAUGACGAACGAAGAAGGCUAUAACAAACUCAUUGAAAUGGGUUUAGUUGGUGAGAAAAUGGGCUGUUUUAAGCUAGACAAGGUAUUUUCCGAAGUUCAUGUUCUCUCCAAGCGUAAGUACUGGGGUAUACUUGAAGACGGCACAGAAAUAGUUAAACAUUGCAUGAAAUAA